UCUUUGGUUGUGAAGAUCAUUUGUAAUUUGUUAAGUUUUGUUAUGUGCUAUUCUAUCAUAAGUUGAAAUAGUUAAAUAUUUUCUUAUAGUGAAAGCCAAAUAUAUGAUUAUCUGAUUCUGCGUGCGUAAAAAUCUAAAUGGAGAAAGGAAAAGGUCGAGGCAGGGGAAGAGGGAGAGGUUCUGCUGAACAGCAACCUGGUUCCCAAAGACCUCCUACUACAGGAGGAAGGCCUGGACCUUCUAGUCAAGGUUUACCACAUCAUCAGCAAGCACCUAGACAUGUUCCUGCAGGACAACCAUCUACCUCUGCUUGGGGCCCAAGGUCUCAAGUUCAACAGCAGCAUCAAAUUAGGGCUCCUGCACCCCAGACGCAAGUUCAACCUGGAGGUAGAGCAACACUCCGGGAAGGUUAUGAAGCUAGUGCUCCAGGGCCUGAGAGAACACAUUCAGUCGCUGUUGCAGGAGGAGGAGAUGUAGGAACAAUGCACAGUGGAAGAGGUGCGGUGAGAGGCAGAAGGCCUCUGCAAGUUAUUUUGCGAACCAGACCGGACAAACUGGCUACCAAGCAAGGGACAUUUGGUAACUCGAUUCGGCUAAAAGCAAAUUAUUUUAAACUUAUGCAAACACCUAAUUGGUGUUUAUACCAAUACUCAGUUGACUUUGCUCCACCAGAAGACCACACUGGUCGAAAAAAAUACUUAUUCCGACAGGGGAUCAGAGGAACACUUGCAGGGUAUAUUUACGAUGGUACAAAUAUGUACGCUGCACAAAAGAUAAGUCCAGAUCCAAUGGAACUGCAUGUUCAACACGAAGAGAGUGAAACUACCUAUCGCAUAACUAUAAAGUUGGUAGGUGAUGUGACCGCUGGUGAUUACCAGUAUAUUCAAUUUUUCAACAUCAUAAUGAGGAAAUGCAUGGGAAAUUUGAAUUUACAACUUGUCGGAAGAAAUUUCUUUGAUGCCAAAGCUAAGAUUGGUAUUCCUGAGCAUCGAAUGGAACUGUGGCCUGGUUAUGUUACCAGUAUUAGACAACACGAGAAUGCAGUAUUGAUGUGUGCUGAAAUAACUCAUAAAGUUAUGAGAAAUGACACCGUCCUACAUCUAUUGCAAGAUUGCAUACAGGAAGGGCGUGGUGAUUACAGACGUAAUUUUGUCACAAGCAUAGUGGGCAGCGUUGUUUUGACCGAUUAUAACAAUCGUACAUACCACAUAGAUGACGUAGACUUUAACACUACGCCUCAGUCCGUGUUUUCUAAACGAGAUGGUACCUCUAUUUCCUAUGUAGAUUAUUUUAAACAGCGAUACAAUUUGGUGAUUCGGCAAUUAGAACAGCCCAUGUUAGUUUCAAGAGCCAAGGCCCGCGAAAUUCGCGCUGGUAUGGCAGAAACUGUCUACCUCGUGCCAGAACUUUGUCGUAUGACUGGUUUAACUAACACUCAACGAGCAAACUUCAAUCUCAUGCGUGCACUUGCUGAUUACACUCGCGUAGGUCCAGGUCCACGUAUUGAUAAGCUUUUGAAUUUCAGUCGCCGAUUACUUUCCAACGAGAAAAUUGUAGAAGAAUUGCGCCAAUGGGAUAUGCAACUAGCUAAUAACCUAGUAGAAUUCAGCGGUCGUGUGCUACCUCCCGAAGACAUUCUCACUGCUAGAAACGGCAAAUAUUCGGGGGGAAUGAGCGCAGAUUGGACAAAGUUUGUUAGAAGUUCUCCAAUGCUUCAUACACCUAACAUGGACUUGUGGUACGUUGUAUGUCCAAAUCGACUAACACAUUCUGCCAAGUCCUUUGUACAGAACGUAAUUAAGGUAGCGAGUGGCAUGCAAUGGCGUUUACCGAUGCCCAAAUUACAAGAAAUUCAAGAUGACCGUCCUGGUUCUUAUUUAUCGGCUUUAGAGUCAAUUAUGAGUAGUGGUAAUAAGCCUACUCUGAUUAUGUGUAUUGCAUCAAAUAAUAAAGCCGAUCGAUAUGCUGCUAUUAAAAAAAAGUGCUGCGUCGAUCGUGCAGUGCCCACACAAGUUGUACUUGCGAAGAAUCUCGAAUCAAAAGGUGUAAUGUCGAUCGCAACCAAGGUGGCGAUUCAGAUGAACUGUAAGAUUGGUGGAGCCCCUUGGACCGUCAACAUUCCAAUAAAAACCAUGAUGGUAGUCGGCUUCGAUGUAUGCCAUGACACUAACCAAAGAGGACAAAGCUUCGGUGCUAUGGUAGCCACUUUAGAUCCUUUCUGUACACGUUACUUCAGCGUCGUUACCCCUCAUACAAAUGACGAGGAAUUAUCAAAAGAUAUCGCCAUUAACACAGUUAAGGCAUGUCAGGAAUACAAAGCUAAUACUGGAAGACUCCCCGAACUAAUUUUAUUCUAUCGUGAUGGUGUGGGUGAUGGUCAGUUACCUUACGUUUACAAUACAGAAGUUCAAGCAAUACUCAAAUUAUUAAAGGAAUCACUUUACCAUGACCAAGAAGUUAAAAUGUGUUUUGUGGUUGUCUCUAAGCGUAUUAAUACCAGAUUCUUUGGUCCUGAUCAUAGCAACCCAUCUAAUCCUGCAAAUCCGCCGCCUGGUUGCGUUGUAGACGAUUGCGUUACGCUUCCAGAAAGGUAUGACUUCUUUAUUGUGAGUCAAUGUGUAAGACAAGGAACGGUUUCGCCAACUAGUUACAACAUAAUUUAUGAUACGAUGGGUAAAACUGCCGAUCAAAUUCAGCGAAUUACCUACAAAAUGACUCAUUUAUACUAUAACUGGUCCGGUACUGUACGAGUUCCUGCUCCAUGCCAAUAUGCUCACAAAUUGGCCUUUUUGACUGCACAGUCACUACACAGAGAACCCAGUGCCGAAUUGGCGCGUGUGUUAUACUACCUCUAAAAGGUUCGUGCUUUCUCAGGUAUUUACUUUUAUUUUUAAAAGAAAACAGGUUUUAGUU